GUUCUUUGUUUCGUUUAUUGUGAGAUUUUUGACUCGGGUCCAAUGGUGGAUACACUUUCAAAUCUCGUGACGGAAGAUUGGCUGACGAAUAUUCUCGCGGAAAAAUUGCAAUGCGAGAAAUUGAAAGUGACAGAUUUCACCUUCGAAGACGGACUGGAGAAAGGUGAAAAUUACGCAAGUUCGACAGUCAGAAUCCGUGUUCAAUACCGCACCUGUCCCGAGAGUGAAGAGACGCAGGAAAUUCGAUUGUUCUCGAAAUGCAUGCCCCAUCAAGGAGCUCAGCGCGAAUUCCUGAAAAAGUACGAGUUGUUCGAAAGGGAAAUCUGCUUCUACCAAAAACUUCUUCCCGAAAUUCUGAGCAUAGCCUCGGAGAAGCAAAUCGACUUGAAGAAGGAUUAUCCUGAAGUAGUGUAUGCGAACGACGAGUUGCUGGUGAUGGUGGAUCUGGGAUUUUACAACUACUGCAUGGGGGAUCGAAAGCUGGGAAUGAAUUCUGAUGAAAUGAGAAUUACUUUGGAAGCUUACGCAAGGCUUCACGCGAGUUCCUUGUACUUUGCGCAUCUCUACACACCUGAAAAACUGAAAGAAGACUUUGGCCUUUUGUACGCAUCAGACGCAAUGACGAGUCACACGAUUCUCCAGCUGUACGCAGACCCUCAGUCCAUGAGGAAAACAUGCAAAGCCAUGCAAGAAAAGUACGAGGCCACGGAACCAGAACUCGUGGAGAGACUCCAAGCGUAUUCAUUGAUUGAUAACGACGCCAUGCUGGAACGUAACCGACGCAAUUUCCAAGUUGCGGAUCAGACAUCGCUCAAGUGUUUCACAAUGACUGACUGUUGGGUGAAUAAUAUGAUGUUCAGAUACGACGAAAGCGGAAGGGCAAAAAGCGUGAAACUGCUGGAUUUUCAGUUUGCUCGCUUUGGGCACGCACUCUUCGACGUGGCCAUGCUCUGGUACACAAGUACCACCGAGGAAAUCUUCAACGACGAAUUGAUGCCAAUGCUUUCUGUGUACUACCAAGAAUUCAUCAAAAUUCUGACCCAGUUGGACACCGAAAACAUCACGGGUCUUGUCGGCAGCUACUCCUUCGAACAGCUUCGUCGCGAAUUUACAGUUUGCGAAGAAGCUGGAUUCCUCGUGUCCAUAAGCACCCUGGCAGUCAUCAUGGUGACCAAAGACGAUUUUCCAGAAAGCUUUGAAGAACAAUUCGUCGAGGGGUUCCAGGGGCUAACCGACAAAGUUUUCAACAGCAACGCGAAGGACGACGUCCUGAAACGCCUUUUGAAUCGUAUCAGGUCAGGCAAGAUGAGAUUCCAGAUGCAGUCAAUUUUAAUCCUGAUGGCAGCUGCCAUCAUCAACGCGCAAGAACAACCAGAGACCGAAGGAGAAGACGUGGAGAUUAAUGUGUUGCCGACUGACGUGAAAAUUGAGGAAGUACCCAUCCCAGUACCCGAUGCUCCUCCGGCAAUUACAUACGAACCUACUUGGGAAUCACUAGAUUCUCGUCCCAUACCUGACUGGUACGACAAGGGGAAAAUCGGAGUUAUGGUGCACUGGGGAGUUUACUCGGUUCCAGGCGUCGGGUCCGAAUGGUUUCUGUGGUCAUGGCAAGGCGAUUUCAUGUACGGCAUCCGGCAAAACUCGGGGAUGAAGGCUGGCGUGUACUAUUCACUUUAUGAAUGGUUCAAUCCACUGUACCUCAUGGACAAAAACGCCAACUUCAACAGCGCAUUUUAUCCCGCUACAAAAUCCAUGCCCGAGUUGAAAGAUUUGGUAGAAAGGUAUGCUCCUGACAUGGUGUGGCUCACUGGUGACUGGGAAGCUCCACCGUACUACUGGAAUUCUACAGCAUUCCUGGCUUGGUUGUACAACGAAAGUCCAGUGAGAAAUAAUGUUGUCGUCAACGACAGACUCGGGACUGGGACGGGAUGCAAGCACGGCGGUGUGCUCAAUUGUGGAGACAAAUUCAACCCAGGCACUCUUCAGCCAAAGAAAUGGGAAAACGUUCUGUCCAUGGACAAAUUUUCAUGGGGGCACAGACGAAAUUCGCACGUCUGGGAUUUCAUGGAUGUCAAGCAGAUCGUGAAAUCCUUGAUCGAAACAGUCAGUUGCGGCGGGAAUUUGCUCAUCAACGUUGGUGCUACCGGAGACGGAAUGAUCAAUCCAAUUUACGAAGACAGAUUUUUGUCACUCGGAAAAUGGCUUGAUGUCAACGGAGAAGCAAUUUACGCAACGGUUCCUUGGUCAACCCAAAAUGACACUCUGGCACCAACUGUUUGGUAUACAAAGCGAACCCUAGAAAAUCCUGAAGAGGGAUUCAUUUACGCUUUGUUCACUAAGUAUCCCGUCGGCUCCAUAACGCUGGCUGCCCCAAAACCAUCGACAGAUACCCAAGCAAUCUUAUUGGGUCAUGGGCAAGUUGAGUGGGUUGAAACUGAUAAUGGCCUGCAAGUUAGUUUGCCUCCUCUGCAACUGGUGAAGGCACCACCGCAUGGCUGGAGUUUACGAUUCUCUCGACUGAAGAAUUUCUCCGGCGAAUCGGUUUGAGGCAAAUUCGAACCUCAGCUAUGCGCUUUCUUCUUCGCAUUGGAACGAGCAUAUCGUCAGCGAGUCAUUAUGGGGGAUACGCGGCAUCGCCAGAAACUAAUUAUUCUCCUUGAAAAUACAUGUUUUGCUGGAUUUGGAUCAAUGAAUA